CACAUUCUAUUCUUUGCUGCAAUUUUCUUUUUAAUAUUCCAACUACGAACAGAUCUACACCACUCCUCCAUACCAUCCCACCUAUUCUCUCUCUCUCUUGAUGCAUACAUGAUUAUAUAUGCGUAGAGAGAGAAUCAAAUUCAUACAGUACUGCGAUUAGUGGGAUACAUUGCGUUUCUUGAGCUGGUUCCUUUGAUUUGAUGAGCAGAUGGGCAAGGUUUCAGUGAUAAUCUACAUUGCAGUGGCCGUAGUCCUUCUCCUCCUCAUAUCCCGCUCCAACAAUAAGUCCCACGGCGGCCGCCACCGCCACCGCCGCCUCAAGCUCCGCUCGAACUUUACCUUCGCUCCCCCCGCCGACCCCCACCAUCAGCACAACCGCGCCGCCUUCGACCCACUAGUGGCCGACAUCGAGCGUAAGCGUGAGGACAAGCAAUGGGAGCACCACUACUUCCAGACCCACCACCCGGAGCUCCAUUCCGAUUCGAAUCCGUCGAAGACUGCUCAGGGGCAUGAUGCGUCGGAACCCGAGUGGGAGGAUUUCAUGGACGCCGAGGAUUAUUUGAACAAUGAGGAGAAGUUCAAUGUGACUUACAGGCUGAUCCUUCUGUUCCCGAAGAUUGAUGUUGACCCGGUUGAUGAUUUUGUGAGUGAGGGAGAGUUGACAGAGUGGAACUUGCAGCAGGGGCAGAGGGAGGUUUUGCAUAGGACUGAGAGGGAGAUGGAAGUUCAUGACAAGAAUAAAGAUGGGUUUGUGUCGUUUGCCGAGUAUGAGGCCCCUAGCUGGGUCAAGAGUUCAGAUAAUACCUCAUUUGGAUAUGAUAUGGGCUGGUGGAAGGAGGAGCAUUUUAAUGCAGCUGAUGCAGACGGAGAUGGGCUUCUGAAUAUUACAGAGUUUAAUGAUUUUCUCCAUCCAGCUGAUACAAACAAUCCAAAGUUGCUUCGGUGGUUGUGCCAGGAGGAAAUAAGGGAAGGAGAUAGUGAUAGAGAUAGUAAGAUUAACUUUAAAGAGUUUUUCCAUGGGAUCUUUGACAUGGUUAGAAACUAUGAUGAAGAGGGUAACCAUUCUUCACACGAGUCUGAUGAUUUAGUUGAGGCCCCAGCUAAAAAGUUGUUCGCCCAGCUCGACAAAGAUGGUGAUGGAUACUUGUCUGACGUAGAAUUGCUACCCAUUAUUGGAAAGAUUCACCCAUCAGAACGUUAUUAUGCCAAACAGCAGUCCGAGUAUAUUAUGCAGCAGGCGGAUACAAAUAAAGAUGGUCGUCUCACCUUAAUGGAGAUGAUCGAGAACCCAUAUGUUUUCUACAGUGCGGUGUUUAAUGAGGACGACGACGAUGAUUACGGAUACCACGACGAAUUCCGCUAGAUCCACCACAGAGAGCUCAUACAGGUUUGCCCAAUAGUAACAAGACGUCUCAAAUUUUGUUCUUCGCACAUGUACGAUAGCAUUAAAUAGUCGAUGCAAGUGAACGGGGUGUGGAUCAUGACUAGAAUGUGAUCUGGUGUGUGCCCAAGUACCUGCUGUUGCUUUCUACUUCAGUUUGAUAUCUGAAAAGCAUGACCACAUAGCUCACUUCUCCUGUCUCUGUUGCAGAUUAUAGAUCUUUGUGGUUCAAUAGUUUGAGACUUUUGCAGGCAUAGCAUUCUAUUAUAUACUUUGUCCAUUCUUUCUUUCACUUUAUUUUGAUAAGACCUAAUUUAUACCACUGACUGUAACUUGAACUUUUGUUUGAUUGAACUGAUUGAAUUUAUAGCAAACAAU